AUGGUUGAAUCCACGGAAACCGAUCUCAGACGAACAAGUAACGGGACGAGGGACACGAAUAAGGCCCCAUGUACCCCCCGAGACAGAAUUAUGAUGAAUCAAAUUCCCGCCGUCAUGAAAACGAAAAAUGUUCCAAUAGAGCUUGUACAUGUCAGAGAACCACAUGGAAUUAGAGUCCAAGCAAGCACUUUGAAGCGAAAACGUGAUGAGGAAAAUAAUGAUGAAAAAAAAAACUUCUCACCGUCAUAUUUAAGCCGACAUCUCGCCUCGUUAGAGUUCGAUGGAAGUGUAAAGCAGUUACCAGGAAAGAUAUCCGAAUACGUUUCGGAAAUUUUCAACUAUCUGAGAUCCCUAGAAGAUAACUCCUACAUUCUGGACAAUUUCCUAAGAGCUCACGCCACCACUCCCCAAAUGCGCGCGGUCCUAAUCGAAUGGGUCAUAGAAGUCCACAUGGAGCACAAAAUGUUACCUGAGACGCUCCAUCUUUGCGUGUGGAUCGUCGACAAGUAUCUGCAAGUGACGAAGUCGGUGGGUCGUAAAUGUCUUCAACUUGUCGGGACUUCUGCCCUGUUGAUCGCUUCCAAAUAUGAAGAAAUAGAUAUUCCCGACUUAGAAACCUUCAAGGACCUAACUGAUAACGCUUUUUCCAUCAAACAGAUUCUGAAGAUGGAAAGAGAGUUAUUGAGAACGGUGGACUUCAGUUUGGGACGACCUUCACCCCUUAUAUUCCUGAGGCGGUAUAAUAGAAUCGCGCAAACUCGAAAGGAGCACCAUUUUCUUGGAAUGUAUUUACUGGAGUUGGGUUUGAUGGAUCCAAAGAUGAGUCCGGUGAAGCCUUCGCUUCAAGCUGCAGCAGCUUGUUGUUUAUCCAUGGGGAUUUUGGAUGGAACUAACGAUUUUUCAAAAUCAUGGGUUCCUGCUCUUGUUAUGGAAACUGAAUACACAUAUACUGAUUUUAUGGGGGCAGUCGCCAUAUUAGUCGUAAUGAUCGCUAAAUGUGAUCUGCCAGUCUACCAGACAGUUGGGAAAAAAUAUGCCAAACCGAAAUACGGUAAAAUCAGCAAGAAUUUGAAUGUGAGAAGGUUCAUUCUUGAAAAGACGGCAGCCACAAACUGA